CGGGGGCGGGCCUCGGGCCCGCGCCGCUCUCCUUUCCUCGGGUCUCGGAAGUCGGUGCCAGUGACCGGAGGAACGGCGGCGAGAAGGUUCUCGCGGUCUAGAAAAAUCCUGCAAAAAUGUCUCUCUAUCCAUCUCUUGAAGACUUGAAGGUAGACAAAGUAAUUCAGGCUCAAACUGCCUUUUCUGCAAACCCUGCCAACCCAGCGGUUUUGUCAGAAGCUUCUGCACCCAUCUCUCAAGAUGGAAAUCUCUAUCCUAAACUGUAUCCGGAGCUCUCCCAAUACAUGGGCCUGAGUUUAAAUGAAGAAGAAAUACGUGCAAAUAUGGCAGUGGUCCCUGGAGCACCAUAUCAGGGGCAGUUGGUAGCAAGACCUUCCAGUAUGAACUAUAUGGUGGCUCCUGUUACUGGUAAUGAUGUUGGAAUUCGUAGAGCAGAAAUUAAGCAAGGGAUUCGUGAAGUCAUUUUGUGUAAGGAUCAAGAUGGAAAAAUUGGGCUCAGGCUUAAAUCAAUAGAUAAUGGUAUAUUUGUUCAGCUAGUCCAGGCUAAUUCUCCAGCCUCGUUGGUUGGUCUGAGAUUUGGGGACCAAGUACUUCAGAUCAAUGGUGAAAACUGUGCUGGCUGGAGCUCUGAUAAAGCACACAAGGUGCUCAAACAGGCUUUUGGAGAGAAAAUUACUAUGACCGUUCGUGACAGGCCCUUUGAACGGACAAUUACCAUGCAUAAGGAUAGUACUGGACAUGUUGGCUUUAUCUUUAAAAAUGGAAAAAUAACAUCCAUAGUGAAAGAUAGUUCUGCAGCCAGAAAUGGUCUUCUCACGGAACAUAACAUCUGUGAAAUCAACGGACAGAAUGUCAUUGGAUUAAAGGACUCUCAAAUUGCAGACAUACUGUCAACAUCUGGGACUGUAGUUACCAUAACAAUCAUGCCUGCUUUUAUCUUUGAACAUAUUAUUAAACGGAUGGCACCAAGCAUUAUGAAAAGCCUGAUGGAUCACACCAUUCCUGAGGUCUAAAAGUCACGGCAUGAUGGAAAGGUAGCUGAACUCCUCCAGUUUCCUUCUUCGGCAACUUCUGUAUUAUGCACACGAAGCUUUCCCAGAUCCAGGGAGCAUAUGCUGCAUGAGGACCUGCCUAUCUUACAUUGUGGCUGGGAAUCUUACUGUUUCAUCUGAUAUCUUGUUCACAUUUCAAGACAGUUGUAGCCUUAUCCUGGUUUUACAGAUGUGAAACUUUCAAAAGAUUUACUGACUUUCCUAGAAUAGUUUCUCUACUGGAAACCUGAUGCUUUUACAAGCCAUUGUGAUUGGGAUGACUGAUACAGGCUUAGCUUUAUGUGAAAACCAGUCACCUUUCUCCUAGGUAAUGAGUAAUGCUGUUCAUAUCACUUUAGUUCUAUGGUAUAUUUGUGUUUUUAACAUGUUCCCACAGUACAUUUAGAAUGAUUGCUUUUGAUAGAUUUCUUUUUUAAGUUCUCGUGUGUGUGUAAAAUACCAAUUAAGAACACUGGUUUCAUUCCAUGUAAGCAUUAUACAGCAUAUGUAGGUUGCAAGAGAUUGUAAUGAUUGUCAUUAAAUUUUAACUACCUUCACUUAAUGCUUGAACUGUCGCCUUAACUAUAUUAAGCAUCUAGAAUUAAGACCAAAAUAUAAUUUUUGCUGCCUUUUUAAAACUCAAAAUGUAGUUCAGUAUUAAACUGAAAUGUAUACUUAACCCAGAAUACUUUAAUGGUACUUACUGAGCUAUCGCAUAGCUGCUUAGUUGUUUUUGAGAUUUUCUAGUUGUUGCAUAAUGGAAACUUCUUCUGAAAGUUGCCAGUAUCACUUUCUGAGGAAUGAAGUGCUGUACAUUUAAUGUAAAAAUUCUUGUACUAAACAGGAUAAACUUUUGACUCCCUUUGUUUUUGUAGGUUAAGUGGGAUAAUACUUAAUUUUGGCAUUUCAGUCUUAACAUUGUGUAACCUAGCUACUUCGAGAUGGUCUUCGAAUGUUUUCCUGGUAAUUUGUUCCAUUUCAUGACUCCUUCCUGCAGACAAAAUGACAGUGACACUUUAUUCUGAUUUUUUUUCUUUUUGGUUUAUGACUAUUCUGUUUUGAGUAUGUCUAAAUAAAGUUAAAUUUUAGUCUGUUAUUGCA